GUACCACUACCAGUUGUUGGGCAGGGUGACCUCCUGCUGCUGCCCAUCCUAGGGUGCAUCCUCCAACAUGGGUGCAUUGUGGUUCAGCCAGCACCUACACCACCUGAAGCCCAGGGCUCCUGUGGUGGGCCUGAGGUUCCUCCCUAUCAAAUGGAGAUGUGCUGGGGUUGCUGCCUUUGCUGAAGCCCAUGUCCAGAGUGCAGUGAAUAGAAGACACUUCUCUGCACCCCAAAAGCUCCAUGCUGAUUGCGAGAAGGAAAUGCUGGAUGGAGGGGUUCCUGGAACUACUGUGAGGGUUUCUUUUGAUUUCUCCUGCUUAGAAAUGGUGAGAGAACUUUGGAUGCGGAACGUGGAGGAGGAGGAACACGAAGUGGGGAUCUGCACUUGGGGUGGUCAACACUGCGGAUGCCCAGCAAAGGCACAGCCUGGUCCACCUCCCGGAGGGGUCUCUGCGCCCCAGUCGGCAUCGCAGCUGAUGGUGAAACUUUUGUUGUGGCAGAAGAGUGUCCACAAACUUCGGAAGGUAUCCGCUGCAUCCUCCAUGGCCGUGUAUGCCUGCCGAGGGCGAUCUUCUCAGGGAGCGGAAAGUCGCGUUCGUGGGCCAGGGCUGGCUGGCUGGAGCCACUUGGGCGGCGCAGCCCUGGCGGAGGUUCAGGCGGCCCCGGUGUCGCAAGCGGCUGUGAGUGAUGCCUCCUUGGGGCCGGAGGGGUCCCAGGAAGGCUGCAGACCAGGGCUGACCAGCGGGCAGCAUGGUGGCCGCGAUGGAAGGUGACGGAGUUCGCAGCGCCAGGGGGCCCAGCAGACCCAGAGCCCGGGCAUCCCGCAUCGCCAGCAGCACCGCGGGGAGGCCUGGCGCUGGUGACGCGGCGGCCACUGCACGAGGCCCACGACCCAGUCCCAGAGGCCAGCCCAUCAUCAGCUAACAUCAGGAACCCCGGGCCAGCUGAGGCCCGGGCCCCAGGGGCAAGACAAAGGGCAGAGGCUCCGCAGGCGGGGCCGAGAGCCGGCAGCGCAGGCCUGGCUCCACCGCCGCGGAGCUCGCAGGGCGCAGCAGGCACCCAGCAGCGACCAGGGAUUCCAGAGGAGGCUGUGCACCCCCGCAAAGCCUCCUGCCCGGCGUCCAGCCUCUCCGCGGGGACUCCACGUGCACCCCCUCCUCAUUGUCCUUGUCUAGGGCCGAGGCAAAGUCCUCGCUCCCAUGGCGUGACUCCGGGGGCCCAGGAGCCUAGGCUGAGCAGGUGGAGUAGGGUGAGCACCGCCAAGAACCCAACGAGAGUGGCGCCCCAGGGCGGCACAGGAGGCCGCAUUUAACCUGUCAAUCAUCUCAAAGAUUUUAUGACAUCUUCUUUUUUUGACGUCUUAUAAUAUCUAUAACGUUUAUUAUAUUUUGUGAUAUAAUUAUUAACACCACUUCAUUGUGAUUAUUAUGAUUAUUUUUAUACCAACACAUCUUCAAUUAUUAAUAUUCCCAGUUGCUAAAGAAAAAUGAAAACGACUAGUUUUGAAAGCCUUACUUCUGCCAAUGGAAGCACAUUCCAGCAUGUCGCCAACGCAAUUCACUUUCCACCACUUUCACAAGAAACGUUACUGCACAAUUAUACUAUCCUACCCUUAUAUACUUUGUGUGUGUGUGUACUUGUAUGUAUGUACAUAAUAUAUGUUAUAUAUACAUAUAUAAAGUAUGCCAGAGAUGAACAAGUAUUAGAAAAUUAAAUGCACCCAGGUCAUGUCAGUGCUAUGUAUAAUGUGGUGUACUAAGUAUAGAUGUUCAACAGUGUGGAAUCUAGGCUGGAACAAGACUUCUAGUCUUAAGCAAUUCUUUCUAGGUUCAGUCUCUGGAAAUAAUGCUCUGUAUCAAAUGUGCGAGAAAAUUAAUGGGUUUUAAAGACUAUUCUAUGUCAACUAUAACAUUUCAUUUGGGGAUUUCUGUCCCUUAUAAUAUCUACCUCAUUUUGGAUGGAUUCCUUGAGGCCUGGUUUAUUUUUCUUUUCCUUUCUACACAUCGCUGCUUAGAGUGAUGAAUGGAGUUGUAUUUUGAAUAAAAUAGCUAAGCAUC